AUCCAGCGCAGCGCCGGCGCCGUGGCCUUCGAGGAGCGGUUCUCGGUGCCGCUGGAGCCCGCGGCGCUGGAGGAGCAGAGUCUGCGCUUCUCCGCCUUCGGCAUCGACGAGGAUGAGCGGAACGUCAGCACCGGUGUGGCCGAGCUCAAGCUCUGCGACCUGGACCUGGCCACGCGGCCCUUCAACGCCUGGCUCUACCUGCAGGACAUGAACAAGGCGGUGGACACGGUGGGGGAGAUCCUGCUGUCCCUGAGCUACCUGCCCACAGCCGAGCGCCUCACCGUGGUGGUGGUCAAAGCCAAGAACCUCGCGUGGACCAACGGCAAAGUGACCGCAGACCCCUUCGUCAAGGUGUACCUGCUGCAGGACGGGAGGAAGAUCAGCAAGAAGAAGACAGCGGUGAAGAGGGACGACACCAACCCCGUGUUCAACGAGGCCAUGAUCUUCUCCGUGCCGGCCAUCGUGCUGCAG